CACUAUGAUGGAUUUACUGGUGCAGGACCUGGUUUCUGCGCUGGAGCAGACCUCAGAGCAGACCAAGCUGGGGGAGCUGUGGGAGGAGAUGGUCUUGAGUCCGCUGCGACAGCGUCGUCAGAUCCGUCGCCGUAGAGUCCGUAAACGCUACCGGGAGCCCUCACUUUAUCCACCGGAGCAGAGGCGCUACUGGAUCGAGGCGUCGGAGUCCAGCUUGGACGAGGCCAUUCAGUACAGACAGAACUCUUCAUCGGCCAUCCCAGCCUCAGUGGCCAACUGCAGUGACUCUGAUGACCUGACUUCAACUAACCGCUGGCACCCCUUCAUGAGAGGCCAGGCCAGAAUGAGGCAGCCGUCCUGGCCAGAGUCUGACUCUUUAACUGAGAACAAUCCAGGGCGACCCCUGAGGAGGAGAAGGAAGGUCAAGCGUAUGAACUCGCGCAUCACGGUCAGACUGCAGCAAAAGUUGAAUGAGUCCAGUGUGAGUGGAAAACAGAGGUUCAGGCCGACGCAGAUGCAGCAGCUGCCAGGAUCAGAGAAAAGGUCUGGUGGUUGGAUGGGAACGGCGGAGGGAAUCAGCCUGAUGGAGAAAGAGUGCUGGAAGAGAAAGAUGACCAAUGAACGUGGAGAUGGUGCUGACGAGAACAUGUCUGAGGGGGAAACCAGCAGCACGUGCAGCAGUGACCCCGGCCUCUUUACCAAUGAUGAAGGAAGACAAGGUGACGACGAGCAGAGCGACUGGUUCUUCGAAGGCGACUGCGGAGCUGGGACGGGCGUGGCCAGUUUUCAGCUUUCCCUCGAGGACAGCCGGCCGCCACCCACCUUUCUGCUACCAGUGAGACCCUCCAAGAGAGGUUAUCAUUCUCGACUUCAGCAGCUGCCAGCUUCUGCCGCCUGCUGCUUCAGGAAGGACCGGAGGAGGAUCGGCAACAGGAACAGCCGGAUGCCAGUUUUGGUCAAAAGAUUGAGGCAGAUCUCCCGAGACCCUUACCAUCGAGACUUUUGGCUGCCCUCUGUUGGGAAGCGAGACAGAAGCCAGUUCAGCCCUUUGUGUCCGUUACCCGUGUGUCCCAUCGACAUGAUGUCAGAGAGAUGUCCCUCCUCAGUCUGCAGAAACAGGCAGAUGAACCUCGGCCCAGGACUGUCGUACACAGGAGACUUCAGGAGGAGUAAGGACGCAGACGCUGGGUUAAUGACAUCAUCAGUACCGAUUAUGAGGAUUAUCUCAGCCUACCACCGUAAUCACAUCGUAGGAUUUGCACCAAAGAGAGAACUCUAUUAAAGGGGCACUCUGUGAUUUUCAACACAUAUUGUUGUUGCUCAAGAUCACCUCAUACUGUCAGUAAAACAGAACAUUUGGGCCGACAUAAAUGGUCUUGUCCUACUUUUACCGUCGGCCCAGUUGUUUGUCAAGGCAACCCAACUGUAACAAACCCUGUACUGAAGGGACAGGCUGUGAAACCUUUAUCCUCUUAACACGCACAAAAUAUAAUUACAAGUGCGAUGAAACAUGAACACUAAUUUAAUUAGUUUAAAAAAAAAACAACCUACUUGUACGGACUGAUAGUGAUCUGAGGUUUAUGUUUGUUGAAGUCAAACUCAUUACUGCCCCCUGACACUCAAGAGCAGUUGCUCCUUAAGCUUAGCAUUUAAAAAAAAAAUGUAAUUAAUUUCAUAGUUAUCUGACAGUAUUUGUGGAUCUUAAAAACCCCAACGUUUUGAAAACUGUAUUUUUAUCUUCUGGUUUUGAGCAUAAGUUGCUUUGUCUCUAGAAUUUCUGUAUAAAUUUAACUACAUUUGACCAGAUGGAACAUUAGAAUUAAACUUGUUAACAUGGUCAGUACAUGAAAAAAUGAAUAGGCUUUGUGUUCUUAACCUUAGGUUUCAGCAGUGUGAUUUUCAAGCCCCACCUGCUUUCAUCGUCCCAACAAAAAUCUCGACAAAUGACAUUUCAAAUUUAUUGAACUAACACCAAGUAACGUCCUGUUUUAUAAUGAAUCAAAAUCAAUAACAUUAAAUAACACAAACAUUCAAAAAGAGAAAAUAAAAGUGCAGUUGUGCCAUCACCACCUGAGCCUCGGAAAUGUCCUCCUGUUUGCUGCGCCCCUUACUUUAAGAACCACCGGGUUACAUGGUGUAG